AUGCAAGUCAUUGCCUGCCACUUGCCAGAAGAGGAGAUCAAGGAGCUUGCGAAAACGUUUCACACCCUGGACACAAACGGAGACGGUGAAGUCUCUCUGAGCGAGCUCAAGCACGCUAUAUCCUUGGUGGGGAAGCGCAAGGGCGCCAAAGGCAAGCGCAAGAACUCGGUCUUUGGUCCUACCGAUGGGGACAUGCUGAAGCUUGUGUCGGCGAUGGAUAGCAACGGUGACAAUCGAAUCAGCUACACCGAAUUUCUGGCUGCCUGCCUGGAGGAGAAACACUACCACCAAGAGGCUGCUUGCUGGCAUGCCUUUCGGUUCUUCGAUCGGGACAACGAUGGCAAGAUCACGCGGCAGGAGCUCCUAGAAGCCCUGAAGGACGAGGAGUUCGGGGACAUGCUGCCGCAGAAGGUCAUCGCUGACCUGGUAAAGGCCGGCGACAGCAACGGGAACCACACCUUGGAUUUCUACGAGUUCAUGGCUUUGGUGCAGCCUGACCGGGAGUGGACGGCGCCACAGGUCGCCUCACAGGGCAAGGACGGCAAGGAUGCAGGCCCCGGGCCACCUUCGCCGCUGAAGGCCGACCGCCGGAAGCGCAAGAACUCGAAUGUGGGGCU